UCAUUUCAGUCCAACAUCAUGAAUUUCAAGCAACCAAUCUCGGGGCCGCAACGUAUCAGGACGGGCGAUGUUGGCCAUGCACACGUCCAUUGACGUUCGAUGCCGGGCUUACGGCUUACCUCACCUAGGACGGUCAUCCAUCCUUCGGCUCCCUCAUAUCUCCGAGGUUACUCUCCGGAUAUAUCUUGUCCAGUCCUCCGCUCUCGCCUCGCUUCAGACAUCUGACCCAAUCAUUGAGGGCCAUGGCGCCGCUCAAGGCUACUAGUAUCCCAUGCGUCUUUGAGGACAGGGAGAAUGAAUACAACACCUGGACCUGGAACUCUACGAUGUCGAAUGAUCCCGAGACGUACCAGCACUGCUUCGUCCGGACCCUGACGUACGUCAAGAACCUCCGUUCAACGGUGCUGCAUGAGUAUCUACAGGCCAUCGUCGAGCGAACCGACACCCAGAUGCCAGUCCGUACCCGACUCAUCGUCGAACGCCAGACCGACGGCGACAGGGUGAUCGUCGGGCGUUCAUCCUGGGCCACUUCGUCGGGCUCGGCCGGCUUCGUCAGCAACCUGUUCAAAAGCAGCAGCAGCAGCAGCAGCAGCAGCGGAGCCGAACAAGGUAGUCUCCCGCUGCCUCUAUAUUCGCUCAAGUUCGCCUCGGGCAAGUUCCCCGUGGCCAAGCUCGCCGAGAUCCUGCAACGGACGACCGACUCCGGCGGGGUGUAUAACCUUCUGCGCGGCAAGCACUGCUUCUGGUUCGCCAACAUCGUCUAUCAAUCUGCCAAGCUCGCCUUCCCAUGGGAGGAUGAAAGGAUCUGGCCCUGGGCCAUGUACCGGUGCUACGUCAAAAUCAUCGCGUGGCCCUGGACCAAGUCCAGGAUCGAGGACGCGGCAAAAGUCUUCAGCAAAGAGAUGGAGGAACGCAAAGAGAUGGAGGAGCCCAAAGAGAUAGAGGAGCGAAAAGAGAUAGAGGAGUGCAAAGAGCACUCGCCAGGAGACCCAGAUAAGCUCGCGGUAUGGCUGAGGACCAUCUAUGCGGAUGCAAUCCGCGGGGACGCUCACGAUGGAGCCGACGCGGAGCGAUGCAUCAAGGUAUACUUUAUAGUACUAGUACGAAUGAACACAAAGCAAAUUCUCCUGUUCCAUCUUUCUCUGACCGCCUGCCAGGAACAUCUAGAUACCCUUGUCUCCGGCGACCUGGACCUUGCUAACGUCGCCCAGGAGGUGGCCCCGUCGGAGCCCAGCCGGGAGAAGAGCGACGCCAGUCCCCUUGGUAUUGAAUCGGCGGGAAUGCACAGGUCCAUCAAUUCAAUCGGCAGCGAACGGAAGCGACAUGGAGGUCCCCAAGACCCCCGAGGUGAUCCGGCCGUUUGGCCUAACUCUCGGGCAAGUGAGGGACGUCGAUGAGGCCGUGCAGGUUAUGACCGGGCGUGUUUUGGACGGGCUUGAUGGCUCGGGUGAAACAAAUGGAAGUUGCGAGCAGUGGGAAGUACGGUAGUUGUAGAGGACCUUUUUUUCUUUUGCCUUUGAUAUCGGGGCGCCAUGCUCAAUCUUUUACCUCGGGCGGCCGGGCCUUGCACCCUGUAAAGAAGCAGCACUUUUGAUGUUGUGCAGGUGCUGCGGUAGGGCGCUGGCAUGGGGAGAAGGUUACCUAGGGAGACGAAUGCAUGCAUGUUGGGCUGGAAUAUGUAACUAUUGUAAAGUAUUGUACACUAGAGACAUGCCCUCUGGGUGCUUCUGGAGGGUGGCAGAUGGCUGAGGGUUGCCGAAAAGAGCGGGUCGAGAGCUGGCCAGGUCGCCAGGAUUGGCACCAAACAUG